AUGAAGGUCUCCAUUCUCUCUGCCCUGACCAUCGGCCUCGCGGCCGGUACCCUCGCCGCUCCCACCAAGGUUGAGCGCGACCUGCCCACCGUGACCGGCGUCCUCUCCGGCAUCGGCACCAAGGUCGACGCCCUGGGCUCCGCCAUCCAAGCCUACAGCGGCGGCGACGUGGCCAGCGUCCAGCAGGCCUCGGACAAUCUGGUCAGCGCCAUCAACAGCGGCAACAGCCAGGUCAGCGGCACCUCGGCCCUCAGCUCCACCGACGCCCUGGGCCUCCCGGGGCCCGUGGACACCCUCAAAAAGAAAAUCUCGACGGUUAUCAGCGACCUCGACGACAAGAAGACCCUGAUUGUCGAGGCCGGAAAAGGCGCGCAGACCUACAACGACCUGACCGAGCAAAAGGCCGCCGCGGAGAAGCUGUCCGACACGAUUGUCUCCAAGGUGCCCGAGUCGUUGCAGAGCCUGGCCGGUACCGUGGCGGGUGGCAUCUCGGAUGCGAUCGAGGCGGGUGUGAAGAGCUGGUCGGAUCAGGCUUCCAAGGGCAACGACGCCCAGCCUGCUGUUGAGACCGCUGCUGCCGCGGCUCCCACCGCUGCGCCUGCUGCCGCUCCCAAGCCUGCUUCCAACGCUGCCCCUGCUGCUGCUGCCGGCGCUGCCCCUGUGGGGGGCUGCGUGGCUCGGUAUUAA